UCCAGCCCAGUCGGCACCUGGGGCAAGAGGAGAUGCCUCCCGUCAUGUGCCCCUCUGUCCUGCUGAGGACCGCUCUGAUGCUUUUCUAUAUCUCUCUACAGUCUGAUCUUUCUGAAGCUACUAGGAAAUCUGAGGUAUCCUUGUAUCCCCCAUGGAAUAGAAUAUUUCGGGGAGAGAAUGUGACUUUUACAUGUUCUGGGGACGAUACCCUCCAAUCUGACUCCACCAGCUGGUUCUUCAAUAACACCGAUUUAAACGUGACAAGCUCAAGUUUUGACAUUGUGAAUGCUAAUCACUUGAACAGUGGAGAAUACAGAUGUCAGAACAAAAAUUUUAACCAAAGUAAACCUGUGUACCUACGUGUCUUCAGUGACUGGUUGCUCCUUCAGGCCACUGCUGAGGAGGUGAUAGAGGGUGAUACCCUCUUCAUCAGGUGUCAUGGCUGGAAGAAUUGGGAAGUCAAAAAGGUGACAUACUACAAGGAUGGCAUAGCUCUCAAGUACUGGUAUGAGAAUCACAACAUCUCCAUUGCCAGCGCCACCAUAGAAAACAGCGGCAACUACUCCUGCGUGGGAAGCAUUUUGAAAUUUCAGUAUAAUUCUAGUUCCCUCAAAAUUACUGUAAAAAAAGGUCCUCACCAAAACAUCUACUGGCUACAGCUUCUUAUCCCAUUGUUGGUGGUGAUUUUGUUUGCUGUGGACACAGUAUUGUUUAUCUUCACCCGGCAAGAGUUCAAAUUUCUUUUGAUGAUUAAGAGCACCAGGAAAGGGGGCAGACCUAUGAACCCACGUUAUAAGUCAGACCCCAAAAAGAACUGACACCAUGGUUUAAGACCCAUUUGCAGCAGCAAUUGCUCUCAGUCGUCAAACCCAGCUCAAAAUGUACAUUGAAAGGUCUGCACUCAAGGUUUUAUACAACUGCUUAAUUAUCCAACCCAAACUGAUUCAGUGGCAUGUAAUAGCUCAAUAAA